UGCUACAGGCUCCACACGCUCCUUCAGUCAGUUUUUGAGCCUCUUCAGGCUUGCAGGUGGGCUUCAUGACAGCCGUGUGAAAAAAUCGCGAAGACAAAAAAGGGGUUCGUUUGAAUUUGCUCAAAUCAACAUCCGCUGAACGAUGUAAGGCGUCGCGCGCGAGUCUGUCGGGCUGAUGUGGAUCUGAUGUGGAGCUGAAACCUUCAGACCCACAGAGACAUUCAUCGACGUGAAUGAAAGACCAGCGGCGGACAUUCACAUCCAGCCUCUGCGCGGAAAGCAUGAGGAGGGUCUUCACGAACACACCGCUGCUCCUGCUGAGCUGCUUCGGAGCGUCGUGGGUCUUGGCUGACAGUCUGGCUGCUCCGGUGAACGUGUCCAUCAGAGAUCUGAAGGGCAGCUCAGCUGUGCUGACAUGGGACACGCCGGACGGAGAGACAGUCAUCGGCUUUGCCAUCACACAACAGAAAAAAGAUGUUCACAUGCUGCGCUUCAUCCAAGAAGUGAACACAACCACGCAGAGCUGUGCAUUGUGGGAUCUGGAGGCAGAUACGGACUACAUCGUGCAUGUUCAGUCUAUCAGUAUAAGCGGACUGAGUCCCCUCAGUGAACCGCUGCGUUUCAAAACCCCGAAAGAAGCAGAAACACAGGCCUCUAAGAGCAAAGACGAAGUGACCAUGGAGGAAGUCGGUCCGAACGCUCAGCUCAGGGCGGGAGAGCUCAUCAUCAUUGUGGUGGUUCUGAUCAUGUGGGCAGGUGUGAUCGCGCUCUUCUGCCGCCAGUACGACAUCAUCAAAGACAACGAGCCGAACAAUAACAAGGACAAAGCCAAGAACUCGUCAGAAUGCAGUACCCCUGAGCAUCCAUCGGGGGGCCUGCUGCGCAGUAAGGUAUAACCACGACCCUAUGAGAGUCCAGACCACACUAGGCAGGUGAAUUGUAACUCCAACCAAACUCCAUCAACAUUUCAGUUCAUGUCUAAAAGAAGAUGGUAUAAGCAUCAUUUUCUCAGUGAACAUCAGUACAUAAAUAUUUCAUAGGAUUAUAAAUAUGCACUUACCAUAAUGCAUUUUGGUAACAGCUGUUUGGAUUUAAACAGGCAAAUGCUUAAGAGAUCAUUAUUGCAUUACGAGAUCGCACUCACCGAAAAUAAUAAAUGUGACGCUGGUCAGAAUAAUUAUCACGUAAUGAGGUUUAAUUUAUGUUGCCAUAUACCUUCACCUCUUUCAUUUUUCAUUUACUCCACCAUGUUCUGUCCUCUCACUAACGUUAGACAUCUGCUUCCAUCUCCACAGUUACCCAAGAACAACAACAAUAACCGAACGCCAUCUGUGAACAUUAUCAAAGUGUGACGGGAGUCGUUUCUACUUCAGAGGACUCUUUUACCACACGGCUGCAGAAAGGCCAUAUGUGCUCCUCCUCAAAACAGGAAGCAGGAAUUUUUCAAAAGUUUCCCGAUGACAGCUGGAAUAAUCCACAGCGAGCGUCCGAAAGAGAGGCCAGAAAGGUGAACUUUCACACAGACCUGCUCUGGCUCCAGCAGUUUGGAGAACAGAUCUGUGGCUGUUCGGGGACAAGAGAAAACCCUCUGAAAGAAAUGCAGGGGGAAAGACCCAUUCAGAACACUUGUCUUUUAAACUUGAACACUCUUGAGCCUUUAUCUGGUCUUCUCUUUAACCCUUUUCAAAUGGCAUGAUCCACAUUGCUCUAUUCAGUGGUGAUGAAGGCUUUUAUAAUGAAGUAAAUCUGUAGUAAGAACCAAAUGGAGGACAAACACUAGGGUUCAAAUCUCUGAAACCACAUCUGGGAUUUAAAAUAAUCCUAGAAAUGAAUACAUUUUGGGGAUUUUGUAAUAUUUCAGACAGCUAUAAUGAAGUGAAUGAGAAAUGUUUAAGAUUCUGAACAAUUUCUAGACAAAUUUGUGAUAUUAAUCAUGUGAGUCAGUGAUUAAAACUACUACAAAUUAUUUCUGGUAACUGAAAUGAAGUUGGAAUAAAAUAUAAAUAUCAGAUGCAUGCUUAAAAACUUAGAUGAAACUAAUUGAAAUAAUUAAUUUAAAAUACUAAAAUUGAAACUAAAAACUAAAACUAAUAAAAAUGACAAAAGUGCAUAACAAAUAUAUAUAUAAUACUAAAAAAAACACUGCUCAAAAUUCUCAAAUCAUGAUGGAGAACAUGGAAUUAAAUAAAUAAACAGAUAAAUAAAGAAGAAAACGUAAGCUAGUGGUUUCAGACUUUUUGGACGUCACUGUAUAAGGUCAGAUUUGACAGUGAGUGGUCAGAGACUAAUAAACAGUCCUGAAUAUGGAUGUUUCACAUCAAGAUCCUUCAAGGCUUCAUCAAGCGCUUCUUCACCUAAACAUGUUUAUUCAAACCGCUUGUUCCCUCCCUGGGAGAGAAGCGUGCAUACAGAGAAUAGGUGGCUUAUUUUGGACUGGUUCAAAAGAGUUGACAGAGAUGAAAGAAUAUUGUGGAAUAAUUUUACUGACAGCUCUCAUUUCAGCAUACUGAAGCGACUUUUACUUCUAUUGAUUGUGUUCUUGUUUACACCUGCAGAGAUACUUGACAAACGAAUAUAUUUACUAAACCAGCAGUGCUGGGGAAGAUACUUAAAACUCUUUAAGCCACUCGUCAUUUAAGAAAGGUGAAAUUCAUCAAAGCUAUACUCUGAAAAAUAUGCGCUUUUUAAGCUUAACGUGAAUAAUUUAAUCAGAUCUGCAUUGAUUCUGGUACAAAAUAAGGGGAUUUAAAUGAAUAAACGCUCUCAAUUAGAGUGACUUAAUUAAACAUGAACAGAUAAAUUUACACUAAAUACAACAACAAACUAGAAUAUACUCAUUUAUAUGGCCAAGUUAAAAUUUUAGUAACAUUUAACAAAAUAUUUCACUAUUAUAGAAGCACUUAAAAUGCCAUGCAGAUGCAGGGACUCAACGAGUGAGUUGUUUUUUUAAUCUGAAAUAAUUCACUAAAUGAAUUUACUAAAUAUGUUAGGAGAGUGUGUUUGAUUAUCACCUCAGUGGGUGAUAUAAUGUGACAUAAAAACCAAUAUGGGGGAUUUGUUAUACUGCCUUGCUACUUGUUGUACAAAUAACUUGUUUUUGGAAAAACUACACUGUUGAAACCAGCUGAGCUACUGUCACGGUACUGAAAAAGAUGAAUUGACAAAAAAGUACCUCUUUACUGCUAAAUAUCAUACUUUAAUUUGGUUGUGUAUUUUCCUUAGGCUAUAUGUAGUGUUUAUUCUUUAAUAAAAGGUAUUGUAGUAGGGCUACGUAAUUUAAACAUUCUAAAGGGCCGGUUCCACACCGCAUUUCUGCUGUUAAAAAUGAAAGAUGGCGAUCAGUGUAAUAAAAGACCCCAGCAAAGUCUAAAGAAGUUUUAGAAGUUUUAGAAUGCAGUGUCAUGCACGAGACAUCCGUCUAGCACGUUUGCAUUGAACAACUAUGGAAAAAUUGUGCAGUGGAAUAUACGCGUUCUGUGUGAAUGGCCACUUUACAUUUUCUCAUUAUGAUGUCAGUCCUGGUUUCAGUCAUUUUAAAUGGCGUGAGAAAGAAUUUUACUGUGACGAAUGCUGUAGAACAUUUUCUGUGGACUGUCAAUCGGAGAACUUCUGUUUUGUGCUAAUAUGAUGUUUCUCUAAAGGACAUUCUCAACGUCGUCUCUGAAGGAGACUAUCCUCCUCUCUAAACAAGGGCUGAACAUGCUUCACAUCAGCAAUAAUACCACUGGGGAUUCUGACCGGCCUCCAGGAUUGCACUUAAACCGACAGGACUGUCAAUGGUGGUCGAUAACAUUAUGGGAUUUAACGGACAGAAUUCACUGUACUAUGUUCUCAGUUUUACUGUGUGCUUUUACCACACUAACCUGAACCAGUUAAUUGUCAUUAAAUCUGAUAAAUGGAA